AUGGUGGUAGAGUCUCCUCCAGUGACUCCAACUGCAUUCCAGAAGGAUCAAGAGGAGGACGCCAGCAUGGAAGAAGUCCAUAUCAACUUUGAUUCUAUGAUCCCAUCUGGUUUGGGUGACUUUCCACACAACUAUGCUGCUCAAACCAGUGAACAACAGCAUCAGCAACCACCCCUAGAACCUAACACUACUGGGAAAACUGAAGAUAUGGCAUUUCCAAAGUCCUUGGAAAGUAGUUCCACAGCUGGAGCAGAAAAACUGAGAGUUGUGAAGCAGCCUGAAGAGGAAGCAGAGAACAGUAAGCCGGCUUUAGUAAAUGACCAUCGGAGUGGAGGAAAUGAGAGCCAGUUGUUCCUCAAGACUGAGUUUGCAGUGCCAGGGGAGAAUCAAUCGUCUCCUAAUUUUAACCAGUACGUGAGGGACCAGGGCGCCAUGACAGACCAGCUGAGUCGGAGGCAGAUCAGGGAGUACCAGCUGUACAGCCGGACCAGUGGAAAGCAUGUCCAGGUGAAUGGCAAAAGGAUCAUUGCCACAGCUGAAGAUGGCAACAAGUUCGCAAAGCUGAUCGUUGAAACAGACACGUUUGGGAGCCGAGUGCGCAUCAGAGGAGCUGAGAGUGAGACAUACAUCUGCAUGAACAAGAAAGGGAAGCUCAUUGGCAAAAUGAAUGGAGAGAGCAAGGACUGCGUCUUCACUGAGAUCGUUCUGGAGAACAACUACACUGCUUUCCAGAAUGCCCGUCACGAAGGCUGGUGCAUGGCAUUCACUCGCAAGGGCCGGCCCCGCAAGGCCUCCCGGAGCCGGCAGAACCAGCGUGAGGCUCACUUCAUCAAGCGCCUCUACCAAGGCCAGUUGCCGUUCCCCAACAAUCCCCAACGCCAGAAGCAGUUCGAGUUUGUGAGUUCUUCAUCCCCAACUCGGAGGACAAAGCGCACCCGUGGACCCCGUACUCAAGCUUAA